AACUGCAAAUGAAGCCGUAUUUUCCCCAGAGGUUGGUGCUCCACAACCAGUUUAUAUGGAGUUGAUCUUCUAUGCAACGGCCUCCUCCCGAAUGUUUUACAUACAAGACGCUUCCGCCUGGCUCGAGUGGUCGUCGGAAGAUUCUGUUGGGAAAGAUCUAACUGCGCACGAAGUGUGCCACAUGUUCCUGACGGAGGUGCUACCUCACAUAGACACCUACCAGUUGCCGGAGAGGAUACGGAAGCGCUGUAGGCUCUUGGAUCUGCAUCCCUUGUUCCGACGCGUCGCCGAAGGUUAUCAGUACACUGCAAAGGGCAGCGGGCUAACCGCGCGCUUCGUAUUGCAGCCCAACCGAGAUUUUCGUCUGACCAGUGACAUCUCCGGGGGCCCAUCCGACAUGGCGACAACAACACAGGCGCAGGCGGAGACUAUUGCUAACGAGAAUCAAGGCAAGGCCGCCACUGACAGCGAAAUGGCGCACUCUGUCGAGGAUGUUGAGUCCCCACCUCCUGCUGAGCCUGCGCUGGAAAGACGGGAGCAGGCGUCAGCCAUUGCGGGCAGACCGGAAGGGAAUACCAUCAAUAUUGCCAGCGACGAAGCUGAGUUCACAAAGAAGCAUCGAAGCCCAGCUGAAGAGGAAAGGCCGCCCCCGCCGGCACUGCUCCCAGCGCCAGAGACCCAACUGGGUCUGAACUCCCUGUCCCGGUCCCGGCCCCCGUCUCCAUCUUCGUCUGUCACUCCGCCCGAACCCACGGGUCCGAUUAUGAAGGAGGAAUACGAAAAAAUAAGCAAAACAAAACUCGACAAAAAGGCCCCAAUCCAACAUGUUGCUCCGACAUGUUCGGAGGGGCAACCAGCAACACUCGGAUUCGGGCUCCCCACAGCGAACGACACCAACGCUGGCAACACGAGCCUCACCAACAUCGCCAGCAACAGCGCAUCCGAGCUCAGAUUCAGUUGCAAGACGGUUGGCAACACGGACAGCGACAGCGCAGCGCCAGCGGUAUCGCACAGUGAACCGACACCCAACACCGAUGCCCCCGUAUGUGCAGCAGCCUCGGGGAAUCAAGUGCAGCUCAGAACACUGACACGUCAAGACUACGCCUGCCUCGACUCUAGCGAGGCACAAUCGGACGACAGUCACCUGACACGGGACUCCAUUACCCGGGAGUCCCAGAACGACGAACUCUCGUCCUCGACACUCGAGAAACUAGAUGUUAGCACUCUCCCGCUGCCUGCUCUCCCGAAGCGCCGCCGUACCCGCUCGCGCACCAGUCCCUCGAAGCAUCUUCAGCAGCGCCAGCAGCAGCGUCAUGAAGCCGUCGAAGGUGUCACUGAGUCGCCAGGAGCAGCAGUCCAGCAGCAAGAGUCCCAAAAGCACGCAUCAGAGAUAAACGCGCCGAAAAAGAACACAUCGGCCCAAAAGCAACAACGUCAGCAGCAGCAGCAGGCAGCAGCACCACAGGCGCCACCGCACCUCUCCGCUUUCCAGCAAUACGUUGCAAAGAGGCGCGAAAGUCUCGAGGCGUCGAACCGCAGCUUCAACGAGAAGCUGGAGGCGCGCAGGAUGCACUAUCACCACAUGGGUGGCGGUAGUGCCAAUGGGAGCUCUGCGGCCUCCCAUCUAACGGCAGGUUCCAACGGAGUCCCCACAUAUCUGUUCGGGGAACAUUUCCAUGGUCGAAACUCCAUGUCGCCGGCCACAAACAAGGAGGAGAUAUUCCUCAACAAGUCCGGCUGGGUGCAGGUCAACACGAAGCGUGGCACCAGCAAGGAUGACAACUGCGAGGGCUAUCGCCGGCUGAACUACGGCCAGCAGAAUGGCAGCGGCCGCUCUACAAUUCGCCCUGUUCCUAUGGACCAUGGACGGCGCUCAGACCUGGCCCGCCAAUCGUUCAUUCAGCAGCACCAGCAGCAACCAUCCGGUAUGGGCAUAUCCGAGCCCAAGUUUGUCGGCUCUAAGGUGGAAGAGCUAAUACAGAGGAACGAGGCGCGAUUGGGUGGCUACUCAUCGCGGGAGGCUGCCCUGCGACCAGGCUACCGGGUUAUCGACCCUCAACUGGCCAACAUUCUCAAUGAGAGACCAGGCUUUCUCCCAGUAAAAAGCCCCAAUGACCUGGACUCGCCCAUCACACCGAUUUUGUCGCCGCCCCCCGCUUUCCAGGACAACAGUCGCAGUAUGCGUCAGAAGCCAAUGCGGUCCCAAGGCCCGCUACCUUUGCCCGUGCCGCUCCAGUCUCAAACCCAGUUGGUCAGUCAACACCCGGCCAACGUGUCCGUCAAGGGCAUGGUCUUCUCCCGCAGCUUUGAGUACGACACGCGUCGACCCCAGCCGCCCGACAACUAUGUAGAGACCUUCUCUCGCAGCUUCGACGGCAACCUGUCGGAGCGUCCCUCAACCUGGCCGUGCUGGCAGGGCAGCGGGAACGGUCGCCCAACUUCAGCACCCUGACCGGCAACUCACCCAACUACCUAACUAAGAGGGAGAGCGGCGGCGGAAGCAGUGGCUCCUUACGCAGUCGGGAUAACUCACCCAAGUAUCUGAAUCCCCACACGGCGCAGACGACUGCCUAUUUAAAUGCCGCUGUCAAAGAGGCGCCGCCUGUCUACAGCGUUGCCGCAGCUGGCAGUCAGGCGAAAUAUUCGCCCCGCUCCCGCCACGAACGGACCGCUGAACGUGCCAAGACCCAUGCCGUCGGACGUUCACGAAAGUCCCAAUUCAGUAGAGUGGGCAGCGCAGGACCUCUGGCGCUGCAUCCUUCCGCCCCCAACGUGGGAGUGUCGCGCUUUCGCAGCUUUGAUACGUCCAAGAGCCAGCGCCUCAACUCUUGUGACAGUGGAGCGAGAUCAGAUCUCUCCAAUGAUGAGCUGGACAACGAGGAUGGCGGCUUGAGCGAGUUUCUGUCUGCCGGCACUCACAAGUUUCCCAAGGCUGGUGUCAGUACUGUCAGCAUCUCACCGUUCAAGAUGCAGCGCCAGCGUUCCCUGACACCCGAUCGGAACGAGUCGCACAGUUCAUCCACCAGCUUGCGGAAGCAACGAUC